CAGCGUCGGCCGGCGCCGGCAGCGGUCUCUCCGGCGAGCACAUCGGUCUGAUCGGCGCUCUGGCCACCGUCAUCCUGGUGCUGGUGCUGGUGAUCCUGUACAUCGUGCACCGGGUGCGCGGUCAGAGGCCCGGCACCCAGAUCGUCAGCCAGCUGGCGCCGGCCUACACCCAGCAGCUGCCCACAGACGGCGGAAAGACCGCGCUAAGUGAACAGUACGCCGAGUCGGGGUACCGUACCCCAUACAGCGCCAUCUGUGAGAAGUACGGAGAGCCGCUCAGCCCCGGACAUUAUGCAGACUACCAGUCGCAGGACUACGCCGAGCCGCUGAUGACGCCGCCGCCGCCGCUGCCGCCCGUCACCAACAGCCCGCUCUCCUCCUCCAAGAGACCGACUCUGGCCCUGGCCGACAAGCCGCCGGCCAGCCCCAAACUGAGUCUCAGCCCGCGCCUCAAACACAGCCCCAAGACGGUCAGCACGUUCAGGAGACAGGCGGGAAGUCCGGUGCUGGAGCAGCACUACGCGGCGACAGAUAUUUGUAAGCCUUCGGACUACCAUCUUGAUGAGAACUUCCCGAUGGACGAAGUUGAGGUGCCGCAGAUUCCACGCCAUCAGCUGAAGCUGUGUGAAAAGCUCGGCGAGGGCCAGUUUGGCGAGGUGCAGCUGUGCCGCAUUGAGGUCGGCGCCGGCGGAGACCUGGUUCCGGACGUCAUCGGCCCCGGCUGCGGCCGACUGGUGGCGGUGAAGACACUGAGAGCGGGUACAUCGCCCACCGCACGGGCCGACUUUGAGCGCGAGGUGCGUACGUUGGCCCGGCUGCAGGACGCCAACAUAGUGCGCGUGCUGGGCGUGUGCACGCGAGAUGAGCCGCUGGCCAUGGUCGUGGAGUACAUGGAACACGGCGACCUGAACCAGUAUCUGCAGCAGCACGUGGCAGAGACGGCGCUGCACGGAUCUGGCAAGGUGCUCAGCUAUGGAAGCUUGAUUUAUAUGGCCACUCAAAUCUCCUCCGGCAUGAAAUAUCUGGAGUCCCUCAACUUUGUGCACCGCGACUUAGCCACCAGGAACUGCCUUGUUGGCCGCGGUCAUCUGGUCAAAAUCUCCGACUUCGGCAUGAGUAGGAGUGUCUACGCCAACGACUACUACAAGAUCGAGGGCCGGGCUAUGCUGCCCAUACGCUGGAUGGCCUGGGAGUCCAUCUUCUUGGGUAAAUUCACCACCAAGUCGGACGUGUGGUCGUUCGCGGUGACCCUGUGGGAGGUGCUCACCUACGCCCGACAGCAGCCGUACGAGGAGCUGUCCGAUGAACGGGUCAUCGAGGCACUGGCGAGACUCUACCACAACGACGCACAGCAGGUGUUCCUGCCCCAGCCGCACGAUUGUCCGAGAGAAAUCUACGACCUGAUGCUCGAGUGCUGGCGCCGAGACCCGAUGGACCGGCCAAACUUCCGCGAGAUCCACCUGUUCCUGCAGCGGAAGAACCUCGGCUACCGGAACGAGAACGGCUCGUGAUUCGGUCGCGCGUAGUCACGAGAUGCCAGGGCCCGCCCCGUUAGGGAGGGGACCCUCGCCGGUGCUUACUCGCGCGCCGAGAACCGUGCACGGCCAGAGGUGGCGCCAUCCUUCUGUGAUAUAUCGGUGGGCAAUACGACUGGGACGAGUCCCGAGGCUGCUAGUCAUUGCAUGGGACGCGCCCCAGGCGACUUCACGAGCCCCUGCCAACCCGCCAGACGCCUAAACGAGCGAUGCUGGAGCCCAACUGACCGGAGGUGAACGGACAAAGCCCCGUGGUGACCGGGAUGUGCUCCUCGAUGUUGGGGCGGGCACGGGACAUCUGACGCCUUGGGUCGCCUCAGGCGAUGUCUGGGUCGCGUCAGGGUCAGGAGUCAUGUCAAGAACCAGUGACCCCGUGAGCAGAACUGAGGGCCUGAUCGGGAUGAGGGCCUGCGUUGGGACGACAAGAUCGUGAGCUUGUGCGGAAACGAACGCCGAAAUGGUGAUUGACGAAGCCCAAGCAAAUAUGGGCAAUUGAGAAACUGGCGUGAACUGAACUUGACGUGCACCGAACCGCUGCCUGUUCUUUGUACAGUUUGAUAGUGUUUCUACGUGUACCACCGUGCUUCAUACAAUUGGCAAGAGCUGAAUGAGAUUGCUUUUAGUGCCUGUGUCAUUUUAUAUGCUGAACUGUGAUUAUUAAUAAACAUAUCCAUGCGA